ACCAGCUACCGCAUUUAGUCCGGAGAGCUGUGAUAUGGCACGUCGUGUCUACCUCACUGCCAAGGACUGAAACUCUUUUUUGCCGCCUUCACUUUCUUUCCCAUUACACCUAAAGUGAAUUUUCUUUCAUUUUACCCAUUCGGAUGCAAUUUUCAGUAGUGGAUUAUUCGGUUUUGUUUGUUCUAAGUUGUGUGAGCAGUGUUGACUGUGUGGACUAUGCUCACCUUAGCCGAUUAAAGAAGGGGGAGUGGAGGAAUUGAUUCUGUGGAGGGCGAAGCUCCACAGCCGAGACUGAUCGUACAGAACAAUUGUAAAGAUGCCAUGGAACACCACAACGUCUAUGCCCCUGAAUAUCACCAAAUCGAAGGAACAAAUCCUCACCCAGAGCUCCGGAGCCAUGAUAGCUGUAAUCGUCAUUGGAAUAAUCAUCAUUCUCACAUUUCUGCUCAUAGUUCUCAAGACGUACAACAGGAGGUCCCAUGCGAACAGGAUGCUGACAGGGAACUCCAGCAAACCCAGAAAGAAGACAUCUUCUACUACCACAAACCUGGCCAUGAGCAACAUGGGGCCAAGUUCAGCCAAUGGAAGCAUCACGCAGUCUAACUCUAACACACCUUCAGAAAAUGGAUUUCGCAUACCACGGGUGGACCUAAGUAACAUGAAUCGGAGUAACGGGGAACAAUUCAGCACCACAAGUGGUUCAACCGUAGUGACGAUACAUGACAUGCCAUCAGUGGAUAACACAUAGCAGACAUGCUCUGGAGUCACACUAACAUGAACAAAUCUGUGGAACAGUCCCAUGGAAAAUGAGCCUCGACCCACUGUUGAACAUUCACUGCACGACCGGGGUCUUGUGGAAGAUUGGGGACCCGCCAGAUAGGCUUGGCAUUACAGAAACCUUUAAAAGACCCCAUAUAUUAUAAUGAAGGACCUGAGGAAUACUAAAUUCCAAACACUUGAUAUGAAUAUAGUUUAGCGCUUCAAACCUUGAAUUUGUUGAUAAAAUAUAGUGAAAUAUAUAUUUUGUAUUCUAUAUUUUUCUGCAGUGAGCAGAAAACUGUUUUUAAUUACAAUGGAAAUGGACCAUGCUUUCUGAUCCCUCCGAAAGCCAGAAUUCAGUCAUAAUGUCCAGUCCAUUUUUGUGUAUUAUAGCAUUUGCACUCUUAUAGUAAAGUCCUUGUUGUCCACAAACACGUUCAAAUGUUUGGCCAUGCUAAAUAUACCAUUUAAAUGUA